CUUGUAGUCAUUGUAAGCCAGCAAGUCACAGUGAGGCGCGGCCAGGCAGACUUUGUGAGAGCGUUGCAAAUUGUGAUGAGUAAAAGCAUUAGGCGACUCAGCUACUGAUAUAGCCAGGGUGUGUGUGUGUGUGAGCGCGCGCGAGAGCGAGGGAGAGAGCGAGAGAGAGAAAAGAGUGAGGAGAAAAGGGAAGAAGGAAAAAAGGAAGGGAAAAGAAAGAGGAUACUUCAAUCAUGCUGUGCUGCAUCAGGAGAACAAAACCGGUUGAGAAGAAUGAAGAGGCUGACCUGAAAAUCGAGCAGGAUGCCAAUAAACCAGAGGACAAAGCCCACAAGGCUGCCACCAAAAUCCAGGCCAGCUUCCGUGGACACAUAAUCCGAAAAAAGCUUAAGGAUGAGAAGAAGGAGGACAGUCCCGCGAUCCAAGAGGGAGCAACGGAGGGAGAGGAGAAGAAGGAGAAGGCCUCUCCGGUGACCGAGUCGGCCGCCGCGCCUGCGGCUGAACAUAACGCAGCAACAAGUGAAGCCAAAAGCCCGGAGGCGGAAAAGGCAGCGAACACCCCCGUAGCCGCCGCGACCUCUCCUGCCGAUGACGCCCCCUCCGAACCCAGGAAAGAGGAGGCCCAGCCGGAGGCGGCCGCAGAUGCUAAAGAAAAGUCCAAAGAGGUGAAGGAGGAGGAGGCGGAGCUGGCGAGCGAAAACAAAGAGCCCGCCCCUGCCGCUAAGGAGGACACCGCUACUAGCGAUAAGAACGCCCCAUCGGCGAAAGGUGUGGAGAGCGAGGAAAAGGAGGAACCCAAACAAGCCGACGUGCCUGCUGCCAACGAUAGUGAGACAACAGCCAACAAGGCCCAAAGUGAAGAGAGUGAGUCUGGCCAGCCACAAGAACAAGAUGCUGCAGAAGAGUCCAAGCCAACUGAAAAUGCUGCCCAAGUAGAGGAAGGCAAGGAUGAAGAGAAGGCUGACAAAGACAAAGUCUAAAAAAAGAAAAGGAUUAAAAACAAAAAGAAAAGGUUGCUCUAAGCCUACUGAUUGUGAGGACCGUCAAUUUUUAUUUAAUUGUUUUUAAUUCUGUUUUUGUGUGGCAAUGAUUUUCUAAAAAUGGGGGAGUUCCCACAGUCAGUUUUUGGCUCAAGCUAGCGUCAGCUUGUGUUCGUGUUUCAGUGCAAAGUUAGAUGGUUAACCAAUGUCAGGCCAAACUCCAAUUUCUGCCUGUGUCAAGCAACACUACCAGAAAAAAACAGUUCCUUCACCUUGAGUUGAUCAAGGCUGUUUACAUAGUAUUUGAAUUGCCUCUGGUUGAUAAUUAUCACCCCUUAAAGUGGUGAUUUCAGUAUGCAAUUGAGUGCAGUUUUUCAGGAGCAAAGUUU